AUGACCUUUGGCCGCACCCGCACAAGCUCCUCUUCCGAGGAACAACGAGGAAGAAACCCUGAGCCGGUUCCCAUCAUGGACGACAAGCAGCGCACCAACUCGUACUCGAGCGAGGCUUCUUUCCCCGAAUCACCUGCCUCAUCCCCGCCCAAGUCAUCCCACUCAUGGUUCAAGCCCGCACCACAAGCCGUCAAUGUCUACACCACCUGUGGUCGACACACCAACCAGCUCCUGUUUGGCGGACCAUCCUUGACGGAGCUCGCCCGGUCCAUGCUCAAGAAGGACUGA